GCACUUACAGGUGAUGCUUUGAAGGCUCACGUUUUUCGAUGACUGAGCCUGCUCGUCAAACCUUCCCGGUGAAGGUCUUGCUUGGACGCUUAGAGCAAGGAGCUACAGCCCCGUGGUCCAGCUAUUUGCCUGAUCAUCUGCGUCCCAAAGGAGUCUCUGCCAAGGUGUUCGAAACAAGCGGGAGCGCAAGCUCCUCCAAGGCUAAGGCAGAAGCGAAACCGCAAAAGAAGGAAUACUCACCUGUGGGCAUCACAGUUCUUGGCCGCGUUUGGGAAUAUUCCCAGGAUGCAGCGGGAUGUCGAGAGGUUCAGCAUGCCAUCGAUGUAGCUGAUGAAGAAACACAGCUUCGCAUAGCUGCUGAACUUCAAGACCAUGUCUGGGAUGCCGCUUCCUGUCCACAUGCCAAUCAUGUACUGCAGAAAUGCAUCCUUGCAUUGCAUCCUAGACAUUCGCAGUUCAUCCUGGAUGUCCUCAUGCGUCAGCGGCUUGCUUCACAAGCAGCCAGGCAUAAGUACGCAUGUCGGAUAGUGCAGCGGCUCAUAGAGAGGUGUCCACUCGAACAGACAAUAGGACUUCUGCGAUGUCUUAUUGCUGAUGUGCUGCCGAUUUCUUGCCAUGCCUACGGCAACUAUGUGAUCCAACAUAUUCUGCAGCACAGUUCACUGCAAGGUGAGUUGUGCGCUGCUCUGGAGGAGCAUCUUGCCAACCUAAGCUCCGAUGUUUACGGCGCGGCGGUAGUGAGCUGUGCAAUGACCACUGCGACACAGGCUAGCCGCUUGUCGCUGGCAAAAGCCAUCAUGCAGGAGCCAUCUGUUCUGAUUCGCUUGGCUUGCAGCCGGCAUGGGCAUGCCGCAGCACGCGAAGUUUUGCAGGUCGUGGAAGGUCCUGACAGGACACUAGCUCUCCGAAUCCUCCAGCAUAAUCAAAAUCGACUACAGCGAUCCAGAUACGGACGUAUCGUGGCGGGAAUUCACUAGCCGAUUUGGCUGCAGUGAGGACCUGUCAGUGACAGCGUUAGUUCCUUGUGAAUUUUAUCAUGUAGUAUGACGUGGUAAAAAGUUGCUGAGUUUACUGAUCGUAGGCUGGUUGCUUUACUCACAAAGAGGGUGCAGCCGAUCGAAUCUCGAUCCAUCUGGACAGCGGAUGCAGAAAAGACUACAUUCGUUGAGCCAGAAAAGGACAUUGAACUUGCGAUGUAGGACUGUUGGACCCUCUUUCCGAGGAUGUGCUGUGGUUCCAAGAAUACUUGUCUCAUGAAUUCAUUUUGAAACGCUCUUGUGGUGUUGCAAGGUCAAAG